AUGGAGGCCUUUUUGAAACGAAAAAACCCUUGGAACUCCCUUCCACCUGUGCUAUCGCACAUACAUGUCACCUCCUCUUCAUUCCUCCGCGAAAGCUCAUGUGCCUCAGACGACAUUUCUGAUAUCUCAACGGUGACUACGGCUACUACAGUCACAAAUGUCUCAUCGACUCUGCCAGAGUUUGGGAUCCCAAUUCCGCAUACACCUAAACAAUGCUUUCACUGGCAAAGUCUCGCAAGCCACACUUUGAAUGGCUAUGAGGCUGGCUAUGAGGCCGAUGACUCUGAGACCGAAAGCACUGAGCAUGUGGAGUUUAGUGACCACGUCCGUCGAUAUCUCGACCGUCAAUUACACGACGACGAUGAUAUUUUCGACUUUGAGAUACACCCUAGUGUCUCAAUGGACGAUGAGAUAGACGCCGAUAUGGCGCUCUACGAGCACUUUGAGGAUGAUUCAGAAUCCGAAGAGUCUGAUAUUGACAUGGGUAGCUAUGUGGAAGGCCCAGAUUUCAAUGACGGACACGUCGCAUUUGGGAACUCUGUACGUUUUGAUACAAAAAUUACGUACAUUGAGUCACCCCAAAUUGGCGAUAGUACCAAGGACGAUGAGCCUCAGGUGACGAUGCACGAACUGAUGCUGCUGGCGCGAAAGGAUCUAGAAGAGAUCGCGAACAGUGACGCUGAUGAUGAUGUUGAUGAUUGUUGGGAUGCCGACAGUGAAACGGCAAUUGCAAAUCUCAACAUCAUGCAACUGUCAAAGGACCAUCCACGUGAUAUGAUAGAUAUCGAUAAACAGAUAUUUGUCGCCUUCAUCAACGGGAUCCACGAGGCGACAAAGCAAAAGUAUCAGUCGCAUCUUCACGACCGUGUCCAAGGGUUUCGCGAGGGUCGAUUUCAGUCGCCUUUCUUUGAGAGUGACGACGAGUCAUCCAGCUGUCUCUUUCUCGACGACGCACUCAAACAUGUGAUUGGCAUGUUCCGCAACGUCGUGCGUCGCGAAGAAUUUGAAGAGCUAGCUGGUCUCGCAGGGAAAAGAAAGAGCGACGAGUCUGACAUCCUUGAAAGAAUCGAGCACCUGGUGUCCGAACGACUGCUCGAAGAAAGAGCGGUCGUUGGCAAGGACGAGCUUGGUUUUUUCGCGGAUGGCGUCGUCUACGCGCUGGAACGUCCGCAAAUAUAUGCAUAUGACGUUGCAGCGGUGUCGCCUUGA